CGAAAAUCGUUGACGGAACACCAUUGCGAGCGUAAACAUUCGGCUUGUCAACUUUUUCACGACCCUUUCUUGGAUAUUGGGAGGAACGUAAUGUUCGGUGCAAAUUUUCUAUUUUUCACAAUUUUUGCAUUCGCUCCGGUGGCUUUUGCUAGCCUGGAACAGGGAAAAUUCGAUUAUGAAUUCACAAAGACUGAUGGCUCCUUCCUCAUCGCGAAAACGAUGUUUGCCGGCACCAAAAUAUUCGUGCAAAUAACAUGCGACUCCCCCAAAGAUUCGAACACUGAAGUGCGUAUUUCAUGGCGGCUCAAACAGACUCGUUGUUUCCGAGAUUUAUUUGUAGAAGACGAUCAUCAACAAAAACUUAGCAAUGAAACGUACGAAAUCAAGUCAGAGGAAACCUUGGAAAGGUGUGCGGGUAACAAUAUUGUCCUGCCUGAGUUCAAAUUCGGCGAAAAGGACAAGGUGGAAGAGACGUCACCGAAAACAGAAGGGAUCCCGGGGAAAAAGCCGCUUUCCACAAAAGUAGGAAAGCCUUCGAGUAAUCCAGUUUAUACAGUUACGAAGGAUGGACUUUACACUUUUGCAUUGGAAAUAAUUUCUACAAAAAAUACGGAGUUUAACGCACACGCCGGGAUUGAAGUUAAAGCCACCUAUGGAUAUCUUUCAGCAUCUGAUUGGCCGUUGUUACCAUUUUACGGCACUAUGUGUUUGGUGUACGUACUAUAUGGCAUCAUAUGGCUGGUGGUAUCGUUUUUACAAUGGAGAGACCUUUUACGUAUUCAAUUCUGGAUUGGUGGUGUUAUUCUCCUUGGAAUGCUGGAGAAGGCCGUUUUUUAUGCCGAAUAUCAAAGCGUUAAUUCGACAGGAAUAUCAGUCCAGGGAGCUGAAUUGCUUGCAGAAUGGGUGUCAUGUGCAAAACGAACUCUAGCUCGAAUGCUAGUGAUUAUCGUCUCCUUGGGUUUUGGUAUUGUGAAACCUCGACUGGGCCCGAUGCUCCAUCGAGUAGUUGGUACGGGUGCGUUAUAUUUCAUGCUGGCCUGCGUAGAAGGAUAUUUGCGAGUAAUGCAUGUGAAACACGAUCAGGGCAGUCAAACUUUAGUUGCAGGAAUCCCAUUGGCCGUCCUAGAUUCAGCUAUUUGUUGGUGGAUUUUCACAUCGUUAGUGCAAACAACAAGGACAUUACGGUUAAGGAGAAACAUGGUUAAACUAUCCCUAUACCGUCAUUUCACCAACACUCUAAUAUUUGCCGUGAUCGCGUCCGUUUUGUUUAUGUUGUAUAUGAUAAAAGUUAAUCAACUAAGCAGGUGUGCUCCGGCUUGGCGAGAUGUAUGGAUUGAGAAUGCUUUUUGGCACAUCCUUUUCUCUGUGCUCUUACUUGUCAUCAUGAUAUUGUGGCGCCCAACGAACAACAAUCAACGUUACGCUUUCACACCACUUUUGGAUAAUCCAGAAGAUGAAGACGAUGAAGAAGAAGAUCAAUUCGUUGCGGAUGCUUACGGAGUGAAAAUGCGCGGCCACCAGAACAAUAUCCCUAAAUCUCAGUCACCGAAAGCCACAACCACAGAAGAAGACGACCUGCGAUGGGUAGAGGAAAAUAUUCCAUCGUCGAUGGCUGAUUCCGCAUUGCCUGUCCUUGACUCCGAUGAAGAAAUCAUAAAUACCAAGUUCGAAGUAUCGAAGAUGCAAUAGGAGUGUUGUGUGAGUGUGUGUUUUUCUACUGUACUGCAUAAGCAUUGUUUUUUGGCAUUUGAUUGCGACACUAUCUUCUAAUGCAUACUUAAUAUCCUAAAACCAUUGAUAAUAGCAUGGCCGUAUCUUAUUUCUUAGGCAAUUUUGCUUUGGAUAAACUAUUUACAUCUUAUUUAAUUAGGAGUGAAUGUGUAUUACCGUGAUAAUACAUUGAAAUUGUAUGCUUGGUUCCUAUUAUAGAAUUUAUUAUGAUUUCUUUAAGUAGUGUGUUGCUAAAGUGGAAGGUAAUUAGGUUUCAAUAGAGACAAGUGUAUAAUAUGUAAACAAAAAGUAUUGAAAUGAUAAAUAUUUGACUUUUGACAAGUUACUUUUCUUUAAGGGAAAUAAAUUCGUUUAAAUUAGAA